GCCGGCCAAUUGGUGAUGCCCCAUGCGCCCCAAUCUCUCCGAUCCUAACUGUGCAAGGCAGGGUUUCUAAGUGGGGGAAGGAAGGAAGGGAUGCCUCUCAAAACCUUUGACGCCGAUCUCUCCAACUUCGACCAGGUUUUCGGGGGAUUCACCAAGUCGGAGACGACGGAGGGCUCCCCAUCGGAACCAGGUCAACUCAAGUUUCUUCUGUUCUUGGCCGACAAGGAUCCCUCUACCAAUCGCAGCUGGUGCCCUGAUUGCAAUGUAGCAGAGCCCAUCAUAUAUGAAAAGCUGGAAGCAUCAAAUAGCAAUCUUGUACUUUUGAGAGCAUAUGUUGGAGAUAGACCUACGUGGAGAAAUCCUAGCCAUCCAUGGAGGGUAGACCCUAGGUUCAAGCUCAAGGGUGUGCCCACGCUUAUUCGUUGGGAGAAUGAAGAUGUUGCUGGACGCCUUGAGGACUACGAAGCCCAUAUCGGAGAUAAGAUCGAUUCCAUUCUGGCUAGCAAUUGAUCUCUCUCUCUCUCUCACUACUUAGUCGAGAAAAUAAUGUUUAACCUCCUGGUUAUGAUGCACACAUCAGAGUCAUGUCACCGUUGAAUCAUUUGGUGGUCUGGAGAAAGUAAGCUGCUCCAAAACUUUUCAUCUAUGUGCCGUCUUGCAGAGAGCCUCUGUUCGUCUCUCUUUUCUCUGUGUUCCACUGGACCAAAUGCUCAUAUAUACAUAUAUGUUCUUACA